AUGGCAUCUGGAGACAGCACCAAGGAUUCAGGCUUCCUCCCAGGACAGAAGAUGGUGCACAGUUCCCUCGAAGUGGCCACAUCCUCCCUGGAAGUCCUCCACCACUGCAGGCUUCUCCCGGCACCCGGACUGCUCAUGGGCACUCUCCUGCAGUGGAAGAUCCCUCCAACCCAACCUCCAGCAUCUGUGCAGCAUCCUACCAACUCAGAGGCUAGGCGGCCACACUGGGCGCAAGACCCCAAGACCCCAGGACCUGGUCCAAGUGCCCUGCACCGGCCACGGGAAUGGACGACGAAAUGCGGGUCUGCUGGGACCCGGGAGGGCUCUGGGACCUUGGCCCCGCGGGACUGGAAGGGCAAACACCUGGCACGAUGCGAUGUGGAAGCUUGCUUGGAGCGUGCGGCUCCAGGGCAGCAGCGCGUGGAGGGCCUUAAGGAUGCAGUACUUGCCCGGGGUAGGGGGGCAGGGGGCCUGGAGACAGCGGUGCGCUUAAACUUCCAGGGAAAGGCAGGAGACAUGGCGCAUGUGGUUCCCAGGAUGUGGAAGCGCGUGGAGAGCGGCCCCGGGGCAAUGGAGACUUGGGGACCUAAUAUAGCCCCACCAGACUAUGUGAUUUGGGAAACACGGUUGGCGCAGCGGCUGCGGCCGCAAGAUGAGCCCCCCCAAGGCUGCCAGCCCGAGGACCGCCGCCGUCGGAUCAUCAUCAACGUGGGCGGCAUCAAGUACUCACUGCCCUGGACCACGCUGGACGAGUUCCCGCUGACGCGCCUGGGCCAGCUCAAGGCCUGCACCAACUUCGACGACAUCCUCAACGUGUGCGAUGACUACGACGUCACCUGCAACGAGUUCUUCUUCGACCGCAACCCGGGGGCCUUCGGCACCAUCCUGACCUUCCUGCGCGCGGGCAAGCUGCGGCUGCUGCGCGAGAUGUGCGCGCUGUCCUUCCAGGAGGAGCUGCUGUACUGGGGCAUCGCGGAGGACCACCUGGACGGCUGCUGCAAGCGCCGCUACCUGCAGAAGAUCGAGGAGUUCGCGGAGAUGGUGGAGCGGGAGGAAGAGGACGAUGUGCUGGACAGCGAGGGCCGCGACAGCGAGGGUCCGGUCGAGGGCGAGGGCCGCCUGGGGCGCUGCAUGCGGCGACUGCGCGACAUGGUGGAGAGGCCGCACUCGGGGCUGCCCGGCAAGGUGUUCGCCUGCCUGUCGGUGCUCUUCGUGACCGUCACCGCCGUCAACCUCUCCGUCAGCACCUUGCCCAGCCUGAGGGAGGAGGAGGAGCAGGGCCACUGUUCCCAGAUGUGCCACAACGUCUUCAUCGUGGAGUCGGUGUGCGUGGGCUGGUUCUCCCUAGAGUUCCUCCUGCGGCUCAUUCAGGCGCCCAGCAAAUUCGCCUUCCUGCGGAGCCCGCUGACGCUGAUCGACCUGGUGGCCAUCCUGCCCUACUACAUCACGCUGCUGGUGGACGGCGCCGCUGCGGGCCGCCGCAAGCCCGGCGCGGGCAACAGCUACCUGGACAAGGUGGGGCUGGUGCUGCGCGUGCUGCGGGCGCUGCGCAUCCUGUACGUGAUGCGCCUGGCGCGCCACUCCCUGGGGCUGCAGACGCUGGGGCUCACGGCCCGCCGAUGCACCCGCGAGUUUGGGCUCCUGCUGCUCUUCCUCUGCGUGGCCAUCGCCCUCUUCGCGCCCCUGCUCUACGUCAUCGAGAACGAGAUGGCCGACAGCCCCGAGUUCACCAGCAUCCCUGCCUGCUACUGGUGGGCCGUCAUCACCAUGACGACGGUGGGCUAUGGCGACAUGGUCCCCAGGAGCACCCCGGGCCAGGUGGUGGCCCUGAGCAGCAUCCUGAGCGGCAUCCUGCUCAUGGCCUUCCCAGUCACCUCCAUCUUCCACACCUUCUCCCGCUCCUACCUGGAGCUCAAGCAGGAGCAGGAGAGGGUGAUGUUCCGGAGGGCGCAGUUCCUCAUCAAAACCAAGUCGCAGCUGAGCGUGUCCCAGGACAGUGACAUCUUGUUCGGAAGUGCCUCCUCGGACACCAGAGACAAUAACUGAGCGCAGAGGACACGCCUGCCCUGCCUGCCAUCUGUGGCCCGAAGCCAUUGCCAUCCACUGCAGACGCCUGGACAGGGACAGGCCGCUUCCGAGUGCAGUCCUGGCGCAGCACCGACUCCCACGCACCCGGGGAAGGACACCCUCACUCCCACACCCCCGGAAGGACACCCGCCCAUCAGCAGAGGGGCCCUGCCCCUCCGCCUGCAGCCAUGAAAGGAAGCCGGGUCAUCAGCCCAGCCCCGCCCGCCCCAGCCCCUAUGUCUGUUACCCUCAGUAAGGAGAUGGCUUAUUCUUUUCACCAUGCAAAUAACACAUGCCCAGCAAAAACUUGCUUUAUGGGUCUGCCUGGAGAAAAAUACAAACAGCAACAACA